UUCCUAUUUAUUUUCUCUAGUAAACAGUUUUGAAUUCCUAACCUUUUUUUUCUUUCUUCUUCAUCUCUUUCUUUCUCUUUUGCAAACAGAGAUUGGUAGGCUUGGUAUCACUGUGGCAAUGGAAUGGGAAUGGUGCCUUCCCAUUCCUGUUUAUGGUUGAAAGGGAAGAGCAAAACUCACCAAGCAUUUCACUAAACAUCCCUUUCUGAAUCCUUAUAAACUCUCUAAGUUUGAAAAAAAAAAGCCUUCUUUUUUCUCAUGUCAUUUUCUAUCUCAUUAAUUGUCUAUCUGUUGCAAUUUUAUUGAGAGGUUUCUUCUGGUUUUUCUUUCCUUUUUUAUUUUUGGGCCCACUGUUUGGGUUAUAGCUUUGCUGGGGAGCUUCCCUGGGUUCUGUUGGGUUGGUGGUGUACUGGUGUUUGAGGCUUUCAUGACUUGGGGUUAUCUGUUUGGGAGAGGGUCCCUUCCAUUCUCGGGGUUUCUUUGGUUUUCUUCCCUUGUGUGAAGGCAAAAUCAACAGGAAAAGUAGCCAAAGUUUCAAGAGCUGAAGAGAGAAUCCCUAACAUUGUUGAGGUUCCCUUGUUUUUCUCCUCUUGAAUGAAUGCAAGAUCAGCUGGAAAAAUAACCAAAAGAAAAGUAGAUGGCUUCUGCAUUGUAUGACUUCUUGGUGAAGCAGACAUCAAUUGGAUUGAGAGUAUGGGUUGUGAUCGGAAUUUGCGUUAUUGCGCUCAUAGUGCUGAUACUGACUCUAUUGCCGGUGUGGAUUGUCUUUCGGAGGAAGACAAGGAGGAAGUUUGACAAGUUUCCGGUUUCACAAAUUCCAAAUGUUUCGAAGGAGAUAACAGUUGAUAAAGUUGGCGGUCAGAGUUUAGCGCAGAGCUUCCAUGAGCGUGAAGGAACUGUCACCAAUUCACACAAGUAUAGCGAAAAGGACUCAGAGAAGACAUUAGCACACUUGGCUAUGGGAAAAUCAAGCGAAGUCGAUACUUUGAGUCAGUGUAGCUCUGUUUACCAUAAUGAUAGGGGUGGAAGUUCGCAUUCUGGUGAUGAAGGUAGUUCAGGACCAUCAAGAAAAGCAUAUUCCUCUUAUGGACUUGUAUCAGCAUCUCCUUUAGUUGGUUUGCCUGAGUUCUCUCAUCUUGGAUGGGGCCAUUGGUUUACUCUUAGGGAUCUAGAGUAUGCUACUAAUCGAUUUUCUAAGGAGAAUGUUCUUGGGGAGGGCGGUUAUGGAGUUGUUUAUCGGGGGCGGCUUAUUAAUGGUACAGAAGUUGCUGUCAAAAAACUUCUCAACAAUCUGGGGCAAGCGGAGAAGGAAUUUAGAGUCGAAGUCGAAGCUAUCGGCCAUGUCCGACAUAAGAAUCUCGUGAGGCUCUUGGGAUAUUGCAUAGAAGGAAUUCACAGGUUGCUUGUGUAUGAGUACGUGAACAAUGGGAACUUGGAGCAGUGGCUCCAUGGUGCGAUGCGACAACGUGGAGUUCUUAGUUGGGACAACCGUAUAAAAAUAAUUCUAGGAACUGCAAAGGCCCUUGCUUAUUUACAUGAAGCUAUAGAGCCAAAAGUCGUGCACCGAGACAUAAAAUCGAGCAAUAUAUUGAUCGAUGAUGAAUUUAAUGCGAAGAUUUCUGAUUUUGGAUUAGCAAAGCUUUUGGGUUCAGGAAAGAGUCAUGUGACCACACGAGUGAUGGGAACAUUCGGUUAUGUGGCACCUGAAUACGCUAAUACCGGCCUGUUGAAUGAGAAGAGUGAUGUUUACAGCUUCGGUGUACUUCUGUUGGAAUCUGUGACAGGACGGGAUCCUGUUGAUUAUGGUCGUCCUGCUAAUGAGGUGAACCUUGUUGAGUGGCUUAAGCUUAUGGUAGCGAGCAGGAGAGCUGAAGAAGUAGUGGAUCCCUCCUUAGAGGAAAAACCAGCAACGCGGGCGCUCAAACGCGCUCUUCUGAUCUCUCUGAGAUGUGUGGAUCCCGACUCUGAGAAACGGCCCAAGAUGGGGCAAGUUGUUCGAAUGCUGGAAGCUGAUGAAGUUCCAUACCGGGAGGAUCGGAGAACACGAAGGGGUCAAAUUGGCAGCAUGGACAUUGAGUCGCUCAGGGAGAACAGCGGUUCUGUUGAUCUGGACAACAAAGUAGGAGCAUCAGACUCAGAGGGCCGGACAUCGCAGAGGUUUCAAGCUUAAAGAGUUAACAAGAUGAGACAAAGACGGUAAUUACUAACGAAAUCGAAACUUUUCUUGUGGGAUUUUGUGUAUUCUGCUGUUUUGCUGCUAGAAGAUGUUAAGUGAGGUAGGAAGAACGUACAUUUUUCCUUUUCAUGCUGUAAAAAUUCAUCUUCUUUGUUAUUAUACACAUGUCUACCUAUUUUACGUCAGUUUCUUUAUCUUUUGCUGUACUUGAUGUCUGUUUUGAGAGCAUGAUCACUAAUUAUUUC